AUGCUUCGUCUAGCCUUCAAACAAUUAUCACGUCAAUCUUUCUUAUAAAAAAAGAAAAUCUAUGAACUAUUAUUUGAAAGAGGUUUGAAAUUCUUUUAUCAAAGUAUCAAACUAAAUUUAAUAUCCUAGAUCAAUAUCGUAAUGCAAUUGAUUAAUUCGAGUUAUGUAUGUCAGUAUUUGCAGAAGCCAAACAACCAAAACGAUGGGAGGAUACUAAAUUUGAAGAUUUGAAUUGUAGACAUUAUCCUGAACAAUAAUAAAUUAAAGGUAUACAACUAUAAUUAAGUUUGUUUUUAAGACCUUUGGAACAACUUAUUCGAAUUAAUGGGUAAAUGUUAUUAUAUUUUACAUCAACAACAGGCUUGCACAAAAAUGUGUGAUUAUUGGUAAUAAUUGAAUCCUUUCUGUGCAGGGGCCUUUAUUUUAAGAGCAUAGGUAACUAGAUUUUUAUAUCAAUAAGUCUCGGUUUUUAUCAGAGUAAGUAACAUAGUUAGAUUGUUAAAUGAUUUGUAAAGAUCUAUAAUUUGCUCAGUAAUUGGAUCCUCUUAAUGAAAGUAUAGCCAAAGUCUACGAUAUGGUCUAAAUUCAAUUAUCAAAAUUAUAAGAGGAUGACAGUGAUAAAGAAUUGGAAACCGAAUAAGACACUUAUAAAUAUAAUUUCUAAGAAGAACAAGAAUUACCUUAAGAUUUCAUGGCUUAAUUUGCAUAUCAAGAUAAUGACUAAGAACUUAGUUAUGAAUUAGAUCCAAAGAAACCUAUCCCUAUGGAAGUUUAGGAAUUAGGAAGAUUUAUUGAAUCAAGAGGAAUGGAUAUGGUGAAGACUUACUUACAGAAUGGCUAGAUGAAAGAAGCAUAAGAUUUGAAAGAAAAACUACAAAAAGCACUAAUAGCCAAGAAAUAACUAGAGAAGAUAUCUUAAUUAGAUUUUAAUAAACCUAAGAAAGUAAAGUUUAAAUUUAUAUAGAAAUUAUAUUAAUAUGCUCAAUAGUUUGGUAUAGAUUUAUUAGAUCCAUAAGUGCAGAAUGAAUUUAAGAGAAUUUAAGAAUAAAAUUUGGAAGAAAUUCGACAAUGGCUCAAGUAGAAUUAAUGGAAUUAUAUUGAUAAAGCAACUCAAAUUUAAUAAUAAGAAAAAGCAAGAUAAGAAUUAGCUAAAUUAUAGUUUAAAAGAAAAACAAUCCCUUAAAAAGUAAUUUUUAUUUUUUAUUACUUUAAUUUUAGCAUGCUAAACAUAAAGUAGUUAAGAAAGCUUAAAUUGGUUUAUCUAUUCAAUAAAACAGUUCAAAUUUACCUUUGAUUAAUUUAAAUAUAUCUAACAAAGAGAUUGAAUAAGGCAGUUCUUUAUUGAAUAAUUAAAGUAAUUAUGUAUAUAACUUACAUAGCUUAAAUUGAAAAUGAACAAAAUUGUAAUUUAAAUUGUAUUAUAAACUUUUCUAUUCUACUCUUAGCGACAAUUACAAUAAUAUCAACAAUUUAUUAUUCAUUCUUAAAAUGA